AUGGCGGCUGCCAGCCGGGAUCCAGGAAGCUCCCUGAAUCCCUUCUUCCGCGCUGUCAGCCGCUUCCGGCAGAGAAGAUGGGACGAGUGCAUCGACCUUUGCACGGAGCUUCUAGAGCAGAACCCGCGUGACCAGGCGGCCUGGUUCCUGAAAUGCCGCGCGCUAACCUCGAAGCAGUGGAUCGACGACGUGGAGAUCGACGAGGAGGGCGUGGCGGAUCUGCUGCUGGACGAGAACGCGGUGGCGCAGGCGCCGAGGCCAGGAACCUCGCUGAACCGCCCACUGACGCGGGACACGGGGGGCGGGCCCACCCAAGUGGUGCGCCCAGUCUCGGCCAGCGGCCGGCCCUUGACCGGCUUCGCGCGCCCGGGCACCAACCGGCCUGGCAGCUCCUCAGCGGGCCGGGAUAUUACUACGGCCAUGCAGGGCAACCGACCCGGCACCUCCAGGCCUUUGACCUCGAUGGGCCGGCUCAUCCGCCUCGGCACUGCCUCCAUGCAGCAGGAUGGCGGGGAAUUCGUGCGCCUGGAGUCCCUAGACUUGCAAAAGUAUGCGCAGAGACCUGCCAUCGCCAAGGCGCUGUGCGACUACAUGCGUGCGCCCGCCGCAGCCGCUUCCGCGAAAGCCGCGCCCUCCGCAGACCACGCGGGGACUAGAUCGAUGUUCCUCCUGGGCGCAGGUGCGGCUGCGUCGGCCGCCUGCCGCCGCGCCGGCCGCGCCGCCCGCGCCGCUGGCUCCGCUUCUCGCGCGCUGAAAGGCGGCACCGCGCGCCUGGCCCAGGCGCGGCAGUCCUCGACUGCGCUGCGCGCGCAGGAAGCGACUGGCAAGGAGCGCGUGGCAAUGCAGGCCACUGCCACCGUUGAGGCGCCGGCUCGGACGUAUGAGGUCGGAGACAAGGUGCAUGGCUGGACUUGUGUGAGGGAAGAGUAUGUGAAGGAGUUCAGCUGCACUGGGUACCUCUUCCAGCACGACAAGACGGGGGCGGAACUCUUGUCCAUGGUGCAGCCAGCGGACGAGAACAAGACCUUCAGUGUGGUUUUCCGCACUCCUCCUGAGAACUCGAAUGGCAUUGCCCAUGUUUUGGAGCACUCGGUGCUGUGCGGCAGCCGGAAGUAUCCGCUGAAGGAGCCCUUCGUGGAGCUGAUGAAGUCCAGCCUGCAGACCUUCCUGAACGCCAUGACCUUCCCCGACCGCACCUGCUACCCGGUGGCCAGUUGCAACCUGAAGGACUUCUACAACCUCAUCGACGUGUACCUGGACGCUGUCUUCCACCCCCGAGCUGUGGACGAUCCUAUGGUGUUGGCGCAGGAGGGUUGGCACUACGAGGUGGAGAAGCCAGAGGAGCCUUUGAAGUACAAGGGCGUGGUCUUCAAUGAGAUGAAGGGUGUCUACUCGAACCCGGAUGCGGCCCACGGUCGCCUUGCCAACCAGUCCAUGUUCCCCGACAACCAGUACGGGGUGGACAGCGGGGGAGACCCCAAGGUGAUCCCCAGCUUGGACUUCGAGUACUUCAAGGACUUCCACAGCAAGUACUACCACCCCAGCAACGCCAAGUUCUGGUUCUACGGGGACGAUUCCCCUGACGUGCGCCUGGAGUUGGUGGACAAGUACCUCUCGGAUUUCGAGAAGAUCGAGGUCAGUUCCACCAUUGACAAGCAGCCGCUGUUCAAGGAGCCCAGGAAGGUCGUGGAUGAAUUUGCCGUGGGCGAGGACGAGGAUAUUUCCAAGAAAACCAUGCUGUCGGUGAACUGGGUGAUCUCAGAGGGCAAGGACGACUUGAAGACGGCCCUGGCGCUUCAAUUCUUGAACUACCUUAUGAUGGGCACCGCCGCGUCUCCUCUCUACAAGGCCCUGGUGGACAGCGGCAUGGGCUCCCGGGUCAUCGGCGGGGGCUUGGACGAUGGCAUGCUGCAGGCCACCUUCAGCGUGGGCCUCAAGGACCUCAAAGAGGAGGACGUGCCCAAGGUGGAGGAGCUGGUAAUGAAGACCCUGGAGGAGUUGGCAGAGAAGGGCUUCGAAAGCGAUGCCAUCAAGGCGGCUGUGAACACGAUCGAGUUCCAGAACCGAGAGCUGAACACUGGCUCCUUCCCCAAGGGCCUCGCGCUGCUCUUUGCGGCGAACUCCAACUGGAACUACGACAAGGACCCCUUUGAGGCCCUGAAGUUCGAGAAGCCGCUGGAGGACCUGAAGGCGCGGCUGGAGAAGGGAGAGCCAGUGUUCCAGGAGUUGAUCAAGACCAAGCUCCUGGAGAACCCCCACAAGGUCAUCGUGGAAACCCGCCCCAGCAAGGAGUUGAGCAAGAAGAUCGAGGAAGAAGAGAAGCAAGAGCUCGAGAAGCACCGCGAGACAUUGUCGCAAGAGGAUGUGGAGAAGCUCAUCCAAGAGACCAUCAAGUUGAAGGAGAUCCAGGAGGCCCCGGACUCCCCGGAGGCCAUGAAGUCGGUCCCCGGCCUUGAGCUGUCGGACAUCCCCAAGGAGACCCCGAAGGUCCCCACAGAGAAGGCGGAGUCGGAGGUGGACGUCACGGUGCUGAGGCACGCGCUGCCCACCAGCGGGGUGGUCUAUGCUGACCUCGCCUUCGACCUCUCGAGCGUGCCGGAGGAGCUCCUGCCGUUGGUGCCCCUGUUCACCCGGGCGCUGAAGCAGCUGGGCACCGCGAAGGGGGACUUCGUGAGUCUGACGCGGCGCGUGGGCAUGAGCACCGGGGGCAUCGCCGCCUCCACGCUCUGCAUGAACAAGAAGGGCGAGGUGGAGCCGAUCACAUACCUCUUCCUGCGGGGGAAGUCCAUGGCCGGUCAGUUGCCAGAGCUGUCCGACUUGAUGCAGGAGAUUGCGCUCACCACGGACUUUGACAACAAGGAGCGCAUCGUGCAGCUGGCGUCCCAGGCGCGGAGCGGCGCCCAGUCCUCGCUGAUCUCCUCGGGCCACGCGGUGGCCUCCACGGAGCUGGCGGCGCAGAGCACCAAGGCCGGAUGGUUGAGCGGCAAGUGGUCAGGCCUGGAGCAGUACAAAUACCUCACGGAGCUCCUGCAGAACAUCGAGGAGGGUGGGUGGGAGACCGUCCUGGCACAGCUGCAGGCCCUGCAAGCCUGCAUUUUCAACCAGGCCUCCUGCUCCGUUCUGAACAUCACUUCCGAUGCAGAGCACCUGGACGUAGCCCAGAAGGAGCUGGAGAGGCUGGCGGGGGAGCUGCCGGCGGACAAACAAAGCCAGGUCUUGCUGAAGCCCAGCCUAGGGCGCAGGGCUGACGCCAUUGUUGUCCCCACCCAGGUGAAUUACGUGGGCAAGGGCAGCAACUUGUACGAGUCCGGGUACGAGUACCACGGAUCCUCGCUGGUGGUGUCGAAGCUUUUGGGCGCCACCUAUUUGUGGGACCGGGUCCGCGUGAGCGGGGGCGCCUACGGGGGCUUUUGCCGCUUCGACCCGCGGUCCGGGGACUUCAAGUACCUCUCCUACCGGGAUCCCAACCUCGGGAAGACGCUGGACAACUACGACGGCGCCCCGGCCUUCCUCAAGGAUCUGGAGCUCAGCGAGGACGAGCUGACCAAGGCCAUCAUUGGCUGCAUGGGCGACGUGGAUUCCUACCUUUUGCCGGAUGCGAAGGGCUACCAGGCGAUGCUGCGGCAUUUGCUCGGCGAGGAUGACGUUUACCGCCAAAAGGUCCGGGACGAGAUUCUGGGCACUCAGGUCAAGGACUUCCACCGCUUCGGGGAGGCCCUGGAGGCGGUGAAGGAGGGUGGCAUUUGCGUGGUGGGCUCGCAAGAGGCUUGCAAUGAAGCGAAGGAGAAGUACGGGCUGACGCUAAUCAGCCCUUUUGCUGAGGCGAAGUGA